AUGAUGGCUCUCACUGCCACUCUUCCAGCAACUCAUCUGCAAAGUGGCGUUCAAACCACGCCCGAUGGUCAGCAGUGGAUUCCUAUUCCCGAGCCCACCCCCGAGCUCUGGAAGAAUGGAAGGACUUACCACGCUCGACCCGAGCAACCGUUGACGGUGGCAAACCUUCCACACUUGCACGGUGACCGCGAAGCAUUCUCCCUAUCCGUUGACGCAACGGAGCAACUCCUCACCAAUCUUGACAAGCGCCUCUCUUGGAAGGAUGUGGAAGCAUUCUAUCCCAUGAGUGACGUCUGGGCUUUCCGCCGCGUAAAGCGACCUCGCAGCGGUACCCACCGUCACGAGUACAUGAUCAAAGGCAGCACAUUCCAGCUUCGUCAGGCGCUCAUCUACGCUCUGGAGCGUAACGAGAUGAUGCGCAGCGUCGCAGUGCCUUGCAACAAAGAUGCGCCCAACUACACUUCCGUCAACCCUUACCCCUUCCCUCGCAUGCACUAUGCCGUCCUUCGCGGACACGCCGAGACAUAUGAGCACCUUAUCGACGAAGUCGAGGUCGACAAUCUGGAGGACGUCACCGACAUCAAGCACGGCAACGGUGAAGAUGGUGGCGACCUUCAAUUCCCAGGCUUCAUGACCGGCUUCACCAUCGUCACCAGUCGCAACUCCAAAGAGCAAGGCAUGUGCGCGCUUCACUACGUCAUGAACCAUGCCGUCUUCGACAUGGCGUCUCUGCACUACUUCUUGCGCGAUAUUGAUGAGCGCCUUGGUGGUAUGGAGCAGCCGCGCGACACUGCUGCACUCUCCUACGGUCCUUACGCGUACUGGCGCUACGUAUGGCCCUACACCGAUGAAGGAAAGGCCGCCGUCAACUUCCACCGUGAGCGCCUUACCGGCCUUCAACACUCCGCCAAGGCCUGGCCACCCGCGCGCACCACAGGUUGGAUGCGUGGCAACGACCAAGGAUGGCUCACCAAGGACAACCAAGAUGGUCAUUCUACCACUCAAGAUCGUCGACCACUCGCUCCCACUGGAAAGGAGCAAAAGGGCAAGUCCGGCGACUUCCGAGCUAUUCGAGUUCCACAUAUCCUCAAGCUACGCAAGGAGCACGGCAUCGCACCCGCCAAGGCCAUCAAGACUGCUGUCGCGCUGUUCCACGUGAAAGAGACCGGUGCCUACGAAGCCGUCUUCUCUCAAGCCGAAGGCGGCCGCAUGGCCAUCGACGUUGACGGCCUCGAUUUCAAGGGAGCUCGCGGCCCCAUGGUCGAAAUGGUGCUCAACCGUGUCGCCAUCCCUUCGCAGAACGAGACGGUGCUUUCGCUUUUCAACCGUGUCCAAACUCAACAGGCGGCUCUGUCCAAGCACUCGCACUACCACCGUGGUCAACUCGUGCAAGAACUUGAGAAGACCGGCGAUGCCCAUCAGUUCGAGUCUUGCGCACCUCGUUUCCACUACAAUUGGGCGCCGAGAAUGCCACCCACAUCCGAUCGCAUCAAGCUCACCAAAUUCGAGGGUCGCUCGGAUCUCGGCAUGGCUCUCGUCUACCGCCUCAAGGGUGACGAUGAGCUCGUCAUCGAGCAGUCUUGGGACAACGCUCAGCUCAAAGAGGAAGAGGUGGAGCGCAUCACGCGCCGCAUCCUUGCUGCCGCAAAGUGGAUCUGCAAUCCCGAGAACUGGAACAAACCUAUCGGUGAAUGCAAUUUCGAAGCUCACGACGACGCCUACGUGUACCAAGGACUUCCUUGA